AUGUCAAAUUCAAGUUUGCGGGGUGCUAAUAUCAUGAACCAACUCCAGCGAGACAUCGCCUUUCUUUACAAUUCCGAUGACGGUGCUGGCGAGCUCACAGACGAUGACCUCGAUCUAGUAGUCGUGGCAAUUGACGACCUUCAUCGCCUAGUCGAUACUGACAGAGCAUCAGUGAUCCUUCAAACGAAGCCCACAGUACUCCUCACUUCAACUCGUGUUGAUCAUUUCGAUGCUCAGAAACUGCAGAGUUUCGAACGAGAAGAUAGUCAAGGUUCAUACCUCCCUUAUCGACUCGACGUACGCCCAUCACAGGAGUUCAGCUACCUCAAUGCAAGGAACAAGCUAGUGGCUUUGGAGAUAUAUUCCAAACACGAGCAGCGCAUCAAGUUCCUCGUGCCUCAUAAUGGGUUGAUGAACGCGGAGGACUUAGAGAUAGCGAACUUGGAUUUCACGCUGGAGGAAGCUCGUCACUUACACGUGCUAGGUGCGAUUGACAUGGAUAGUUCGGUAACAAUUGGCUGUGCUGGCGCUGUCCUUGCCUAUUUACAACGGCGGAGAGCGACGGUUUCGGUGGCGGGGGACGCCACGCCGGGUGUUUUCCAGAUCUCUUCGGUUGAGAUGUUCAGCCUACGUGGAACAAUGUUUGUCAAUGAGAGAACCCUGCUAUCUCUACAGAUUCUUGAAUCCGAAUCUCACCCGAGCAUGAUCAACAAAGGACUAGGGAGAAAAUCAUCUUCGAAAGAAGGACUCUCCGUGUAUGGCCUGUUCCAGCGCUUUGCACAUACACCUCAAGGAAGGAAUCGACUCAGACAAUUGUUCCUUCGGCCGAGCGUGGAUUUGGACGUCGUUCGUGAGCGACAUGCUUUUGUCAGCGUGUAUCUUCGACCAGAGAACUGCAACCCUCUGAACAAGAUCAUAAAAAGCUUGAAGCAUAUCAAGAAUCUUCAUAACACUAUGCUGAACUUGCGCAAGGGGAUCAGCACCGGAAGUGGGAAGAUCGCGGGCUUUAAAACUACGGUGUGGGCUACUUUACUUGCGUUUGCCUUUUACGGUAUCGAUAUUCAUGACGCGCUCAAAGAAAUCGCUAGCGGCCAUGAAGUGGAUCUUCAUAACGAAGCGCUAAGGACAAUGGAAACUGCUCAGUUGUUCAAGGUUGGAAGAAUUAUACAAGAAAUAGUUGACAUCGACAGCUCCGAAGAACAAGGCAGAACAGUCGUGAAGCCAGGACUGGACAGGGAGCUCGACAAACUUAAAGACAGUUAUGACGGCUUAAGCGACUUGCUCAAGAAAGUUGCAAUAGAGAUAGCAGCCACAGUACCAGAGUCACUUGGGAUUGACGUGAACGUCAUAUAUUUUCCCCAAUUGGGUUUCAAUAUCGCGAUACCGUUGAACGAUAGGGGUACGGCAGCAUAUAGCGGCACCGAUGAAGACUGGGAACUCAUUUUCAUCACGGAGAACCGCGCAUACUUCAAGGACUUCCGAAUGAGAGAGAUGGAUGAUAAAUUGGGGGACAUAUUUGGGCUUAUCUGCGAAAAGGAGAUAGAGAUUGUGUAUGAUCUCGCGCAACGAGUGCUCCAACACGAGACAACACUUCUACAAGCAUCAGACUUAUGUGGAAAGCUUGAUAGCCAUCUUGCGUUUGUUCAAGCCGCAGGCUUCUAUAAACUGGUUCGUCCGAAGAUGACUGAAGGAAAUGUCAUUAGAAUAAAAGGAGGAAGACAUAUUCUUCAAGAGCUGACAGUCCCCUCCUACGUGCCAAACGAUACCUUCAUAGUGGGCGGUGGGUCAGCAAGGAAUGUGUCAGAUCAGACUUCACAGUUCGGACCAAGUAUUCUAUUACUGACGGGUCCAAACUACUCUGGAAAGAGCAUCUACAUGAAACAAGUGGCCUUGAUCGUCUACCUCGCACAGCUCGGAAGUUUUGUCCCAGCUGAAAAGGCAGAAAUUGGGAUGACAGACAAAAUACUAGUGAAGACGAGUACACGGGACAGCGUUUCGCAAAUCCAGAGCACAUUCAUGAACGAUCUGCAGCAAAUCUCAUUUGACUUGAAGCAGGUCACCAGCCGCAGCUUGUUUAUAAUUGACGAGUUUGGCAAGGGCACCAACGAGAGCGAUGGAAUUGGGCUCGCCUGCGGGAUUCUCAGGCACCUUCUCGACCGCGAGGAACCACCAAAAGUGAUUGCCGCUACACACUUCCACGAGAUACUGGAAAAUGGAUUCCUUACGCCGGGGCCUCGUCUGCAGCUUGGUCAUAUGGAAGUCCAGGUCUGCGAGGAGCCUCACGAGGGAGAAGACCAGAUGACUUAUCUAUACAAGUUGAGAGCCCCACAUAUGAGAGACAUAAAAAAUGCUUUGCUUACCGUCCCCAACAGCUGCGCUGCUAUGAAUGGGAUAAGUCAGUCAAUAGUUGAUCGUGCCAAUGAACUGGCGUCUUCUGCUGCUCGGGGUGAGAACCUUGUUGCUGCUUGUGCGGUGGUAUCUACCGAGGAAAUGCAGGCGCUCAAGGAAGCGGAUGUGAUAGCAAGAAGGUUCUUGAGCAUGGGUUUAUCGGAAAAUGCUGCCCCUGAGGUUGUGGAAACCAUGCUUGACGAAGUAUUUGAUGGUCUGGGGUACUGA